AACAAGCUGUGCCCUCCCUUCCGCCCUCAUCGGAGUCCGGGCCUCUAGGUCUGAAAGGCGACCGCCCUGCUCCCUCCGAACCUGCACCUUCCAGUCUGGCACCAGGAAAAGUGGUUCCAGGAGGGAGAGGAGCCCGGGGACUGAUCCAAGAUGCUGUUGACUCCAGAGCUACCCUCUGGGCACGUGGAGGGGACCCCCACGUGGGAGGCAGCCCCGGGGCCCUCAGUGCCCUGUGGGCCCUGCAUCCCUAUCAUGCUGGCCCUGGCCGCCCUGGCCGCGCUCUUCAUCCUCACCACUGCUGUGUUGGCUGAACGCCUGUUCCGCCGCGCCCUCCACCCAGAUCCCAGCCACCGUGCACCCACCCUGGUGUGGCGCCCAGGAGGAGAGCUGUGGAUUGAACCCAUGGGCACCCCCCGAGAGCGCUCUGAGGACUGGUACGGCUCUGCAGUCCCCCUGCUGACGGACCGGGCCCCUGAGCCUCCCACCCAGAUGGGUGCCUUGGAGGCCCGAGCGACCGCCCCACCUGCCCCCUCAGCCCCGCACUCCACUCCCAGCUCCUUGGGCCCCCAGACCCCACCAGAGGUCCCAGCCCGGAGCACCUUCUGGGGGCCCCAGCCCUGGGAGGGGAGGCGCCCUGCCACAGGCCUGGUGAGCUGGGCUGAAUCCGAGCAGGGACCAGAGGCCAGUGCCCAGUUUGGGAGCCCCCAGGCCAGGAGACAGCGGCCAGGGAGCCCGGAUCCUGAGUGGGGCCUCCAGCCACGGGUCACCUUGGAGCAGAUCUCAGCGUUUUGGAAGCGUGAAGGCCGGACCAGUGUGGGGUUCUGAAUCCCCAGGGUCCCCCAGAGACCCUCAAGGAAGACACUGCCUCAGUGGGACCACGGACCCCAGGAUCUAGCAUUAGGGUUGAGCCUGAGGCUACUACAGGGAAGAUGUGCCUCCCAGGCCCCUUCCAUCUGGAUUCCCUGUCCCUGGGUCCAGGUGGUGGCCAGGCUGUGGGACCAGGGGAAGCCCAGCAGUGCCUCUGCUCAGCUGCCUGGGCUGUGGCUCAGAGACCUGGGGGUGGGGCCAGCUCCAGGCCAGAAGCCUUCAAGAUCGCAUCCGGAUGAAGCAGCGAAGGUACCAGCCAGGCAGGAAAUGGCAUCGACCAGCCACCUCCACCUCCCUCAGUGUUUACCGAAGCCCCAAUACCAGAGCGAAAGUGUCCCGCGGUGCUGAACAGCCUUGGCGUGGCGAUGACAGCUGUCAGUUGUGCUGGCGGGAGAUGGCAGGGAUCCAGCUUCCCAGAGCCACGGAUCCUGUUCUCCCUGGCCACUCACCCCCUGUGAGGUCCUCCAGGAAAAUACACAAAGAGAGGACCAGACCAGGCAGAGGAGCAUUUUAUUACAAAUGAACUGUGACUUUGACCCUCAAACUGCAAGGGGGAACUUGCUGAGCCAAGCUGGAGCGGGGCUGUCUUGCUGGAGUGGGGACCUGGAGUCAGGAACCCACAGGCUCCUCUGUCCAUCCUCCUCCAUCUGCACACACUCAGCUUUCGACUCCCACCACUCCAUGACGAGCAAGAUCCCAGCCAGGGAGAACUGAGUUUCGUCCAAUGUGGAGAGGAAUGUUGUCCCAGAGCAGGGCAGCUCCCAAACGGUGCCCUCCGGUCAUCAUCCCUCCCAGCUUGCCGGAGUAUCCAGAGAAACAGAUUUGCCACAGCUAGGCUUACUUAUCAUGUCCACCCCAUAGAAAUGGGGCCCCGAGUACCCUGAUCUCCCCUUUAGGAGAAACGGGCAGAUGAGCGGAAGAUGGAAUUUCCAUUUUCCUGGGAGUCUAAUUUCCCAAACAUCAUCCUUUUUCUUUUCUUUUCUUUUCCUUGAGACAGAGUCUCAUUCUGUCACACAGGCUGUAGUAUAGUGACACAAUCUCAGCUCACUGCAGCCUCAAACUCCUAGGCUCAAGCGAUCCUCCCAUUUCAACCUCUAGAGUAGCUAGGACUACAGACGCACACCACCACACCCAGCUAAUUUUUGUAUUUUUUUGUAGAGACAGGGUCUCACUAUACUGCCCAGGCAGGUUUCCAACUCCUGGGCUCAAGUGAUCCAGCUGCCUGAGCCUUCCAAAAUGCUAGGACUACAGGCAUGAGCACUGCAUCUGGCCAUUUUUUUUUUUUCUUUGAAGUGGUCUCACUCUGUUGCCCAGGCUGGAGUGCAGUGGAACAAUCAGCUCACAGCAGCCUUGAACUCCUGGGUGUAAGCGAUCUUCCCAGCUCAGUCUCCCCAAUAACUGUAGUUAUAGAUGUGUGCCACCAUACAUGGCUUUUUUUUUUUCUUUUUUUUUUUUUUUUAAUAGAGAUGGGAACUUGCUAUGUUGCCCAGGCUGGUCUUGAACUCCUAGGCUCAAGAGAGCCACUCAUCCCCACCUCCCAAAGUGUUGGGAUCACAGGCAUGAGCCACAUGCUUGGCCAAACUUCAGCCUUGAAUAUUAGUAAUUUUGCCAUAUUGGUUUACCACCUGUACUAUUACUUGCUUUAGGUUUUUCUUUAAAAUGGCUCGUUAUUCACUUAAUAAAAUUACUGUAAUAGGAAUCUGUUUGGUAUCACUUCUGUAAGUGGAAAACCAGUCUCGUUUGCUAUCAGUAGAAGGUAAAACAUGCAAAUAAAUGCAAUGUAAACAAAA